AUGAGCAGAAAAAGUCUAAAAUCGUUUCCAUCAACAAAAGAGAACGGACCCUCCAAAAAAGUAUUGGAAAAAUAUGGCGCUCCUUCUAAAGGACCACGAAAUCCACUUCAAGAUCUCUGCGACAAUAUACCUCAGCCAAAUAAAGCUUCCAAUAAUAUUAAAUUUCGUAAAUCCACCAGCAAAGUUCCUAGUGCGAAAACGAGUGAAGUGAAAACUGUGCGCUCGAAGUCAUCUAGUGCGGUAGAAACAAGAAUAAAAUGUUCCUUGGAGCCACAGAUUAUCACAGAACGCCAACCUGAUGACGACGAAAUUGUUAGCAACGAAGAUGACGUGUUCGUGGAGGAGAAACAUCAUCUUAACUAUUUGUCGGAAAGUAAGGAUGUCAAUCAUAUUUCAAAUGACGUUCAACCAGUGCCAGUAAUAAGAAUUACCCGUCCACCUGCUGAAGACAUUCAAGUUAGAAAACCAGCACGGAAAGUAACAUUGGUUAGAAAGCUUAGUAACAGGUGCAAACGUUGUACGGAGGAAGACUUGUACAAAGAUUGUCUUUACGAUGCUAACUAUUUUGAGGAGAAUUAUGCGUACAUGCUUGAAAGGGAGAAAUAUUUUGUUUUCCGAAAGGAUCUUUUAAGUAAAGUAUUUGAUUUUAACUACAGGGUGACUGUUGUCAACUGGUUAAUCAGUGUGCAACAAGUACUAAGGUCAACACAACCUACAUUUUUUAUUGCAAUACGUAUGUUUGACUGCAUGUUACUUUCUACAAAAAUUUCUUCAAACUUGUAUGAGUUAGUGGCAAUUACAUGCUUAUGGAUUGCUAAUAAGAGUUUUGAUGUUCAUUUCAUCCAGAUCCCGAAAUUAGUUUCUUUGUGUAAUGGAAAAUACUCCCGCCAACAGUUUCUUUCUGCUGAAAAACAAGUCUUGAAAGCAUUAAAGUUCGACACAAAUUUGGGAGAGCCAACUUCUUUUCUGUUCUAUUAUUUACACAGAGAAAAAUUAGAAAAUAAUCUAAAAGUUCGAUAUAGUGCUAUGUUUUUGUUAGAACUGUUUACUUUGCUGUUGGAUUUUUCGUCAUUAAGACCAUCACUGCUGGCUUGUGUAUCACUGUAUUUGGUUCUUGUAAAAUACGAUUUAGAGAAUAGUUCUUUUUUAAAUUACGUUAAUGGUAAUUUAAUAGAGAGAGAUAUAUUUUUACGUAAAUCUAACCAUUUGGAACAUUGUGUGAAGCAGUUACUAAUGUAUAAAGCUGCAACUGAGGAAGUCGUCAAGAAAUAUUCAACUGCAGGGACUUGUUUUGUUGCUAAAAACUUUGUCCAGAAUGAGUGAUCUUUAUUUUUGUAAA